AUGGCGGAGGAGAGUGUCCCCCUGACGUUUGAGGAUCAGUUUGCCGAAGCCUUUGCACCUGCGACCGCCGACAUCAACGCCACCUAUGUCAUCAUUUCGGGCGUGUUUGUCUUCCUGAUGCAAGCGGGCUUCUGCAUGCUGACGGCCGGCAGCGUGCGCGCCCGCAAUGCUCGAGGUAUCAUUCUGAAAAACCUAAUGGACACCUGCGUCGCGGCCCUGGUUUACUUCUUGCUGGGUUGGGGCCUGGCGGGCCUGCUCAUUGGCGACGGCAACAGCUUCAUCGGCACAAGCCAAUUUGCACUGGGCGGGCUGGACCCCACAAUGCUUUACAAUUGGUUCUUCCAGUUCUGUUUCGCUGCCGCCGCGUGCACCAUCGUGUCUGGCGCCCUGGCCGAGCGCGCAACCUUCGUUUCGUAUAUUCUUUAUAGUGUCCUUAUCAUAGGAUUUGUCUAUCCCGUCGUGACUCACUGGGUCUGGUCCCCCAGCGGCUGGGCCUCUGCGUUCCGCAGCGAGCAGGCCGACGGCACGUUCAGGAGCCUGCUGUUUGGCUGCGGCGCCUACGACUUUGCCGGCAGCGGCGCCGUGCACAUGGUGGGCGGCGUGGCAGCCUUUGCGGGCGCCGCUCUGCUGGGGCCACGCAUGGGGCGGUUUGAUGCCAACGGCAAGCCCGUGCCUAUCCCCGGCCACAACGUCGCCCUCGCCGUCCUGGGCACCUUCAUCCUCUGGUUCGGCUGGUACGGCUUCAACCCCGGCUCCACCCUGAUGGUCAUGAACGGCACCAGCGCCAUCGUGGCCCGCGUCUGCGUGACCACCACCCUGGGCGGCGCCGCCGGGGGCAUCAUGACCCUGUUCACACACGUGCUCAUCCAGUACAAGACAACUGGCAAGGUGGUGUGGGACGUCAUGGUCGCCGCAAACGGAGCGCUGGCCGGUCUGGUCGCCAUCACCGCCCCCUGCGCCACGGUGGAGCCGUGGGCGGCCAUAAUCAUCGGCAUGUGUGGAGCCUGGGUGUAUCUUGGCGGCAGCUACCUCAACUCCCACAUCCUGAAGAUUGACGACCCUGUGGACGCCAUCGCCGUGCACGGCUGGGCCGGCAUCUGGGGCGUGCUGGCGAACGGCCUGUUUGCCACCGAAGGCUUCGUGGCCCAGACCUAUGGCACCAUGCCCGGCACCGAGGACGGUGUGCGCCUUUAUGGUGGCUUCUACGGCGGCGGCGGGAAGCUGUUUGCUGCCCAGCUGGUUUAUGUGCUGGCCAUCAUCGGCUGGGUGGGCGGCCUCAUGGGCAUGUUUUUCUUCGCCUUGAAGAUGGCCGGCCUCUUCCGCGUCAGCGCCGAGGUGGAGGCCGAGGGCUGCGACACCAGCCACUAUGGAGGUUCUGUGUACCACGGCCUGACCCCUGAGACCGGCGCCGGCGCAACGGCCCCAGCCAGCAAGGGCGUGUUCCCAUCCAAGGGCGAUGCUGCCAGCAGCAGCUCCGACAGCGACGAGCUGGAGAGGCUGAAGGCCGAGGUGGCCGACCUGUCCUCCAAGGUGGAUGCCCUGGCAAAGGCCGGCACCAGCACUGUGUGAGUGCCACACGGGCGCAUCGCAUCCCGAUGGCUGGCGAUCCCGCAAACCCGAAGAGACCCACCCACCUACCGCACCCACCCUCACCGCCUAAUUCCCAAGAAGGAAAGCUCCCUCUCCCCCCAGAAGAACCCCAAUUGACUCGCGAUGCCAUGUACGUCUCCCCCUGGUUGUAGCCUAGCUGUCUCUCUGAUUGGUAGCCGACGGCCACUUUUGCCUGCCCGCCUUUCGCCCUGCACAAUUUCAUUCCUCCGACCCCAUUCUGCUGACCCACCUCUGCCAUUUGAUUCCAUCUGCGAUUAGACAUGCCCUGCAAUUAAAUAUCCUCUCUGCCCGCCCCGACUCCGUGUACUUAGCGUUGCAAUCUCUCAUUCUGCUCCCUCCUAUUCUGAUCCACUGGGGACAUCAGCGCUGGGGAUUAUUGUGCGCACCUGAGGCACCGCCCU